GGCAAAACUUCCUUUUACGUCAGCGAGAGAAAGUUUGGAUCCUUCAUUCACUGUUGCAGAUAUAAUUAUACAAUUUGUUUUUAAUUAAGAUCUCUUGUGGAUGAACCACAAAGCAAAUAACCAGCUAUGGAGGAAUUAAUGGAACGCCUUGUUUCUACUUCUGAAAAUCUGUUACUCAAAUAUGGACAAACUACCAGUCAAGCCCACGUAAAGAAGCUUAAAGAUCUUGUUAUAGUUCAGUUAAAUGGGCUAUAUUUAAAGAAUGUGAGACAUUUGCAAUACUGUGUUUUGCUUAAAGUAUGCAUCCUGUCUAAUAAUUAUAUUACAGAUAUUGAUGCACUUGAAUGUUGUACUCAUUUAGUUAAGCUGGAUCUCCAUGGAAAUCAGAUACAGCAUCUUCCUGGCCCAACAUUUUGGGAAGGCAUGAAGGAAUUAAAUCUACUCUAUCUUCAUGACAAUGGAAUUGGAAAACUGGAUAAUGUGCAUUCGUUAUCUUUCUGUCCUAAUCUGAUAGGCCUCACCUUGUUUGAUACUCCACUGAGUCUAAGAAUAGCAUAUAGGCAUAUUGUUGUUAACAGCAUUUUCUCACUCAAAGCACUGGAUUACUAUGUAAUUUCUGAUGAGGAAAUUGUUGAGAACUGGAAACUUCCCCAAAAAUAUAAACCAUUUAGCCCUAGCUUUUUCCUUGAUUUUUGCCAUGCUCCUCGAAAGGAAGCAACCGUUGAGGAGGAGAUAAAUGUGGUAAAAGAUAUCAUUGCAAAAAUCAAUCAUAUUCUAGCUCAUCACUCACCAGUUGUGAUUGUUCAAAGAUGGAUAAGGGGAUAUUUAACUAGAAAAAGAUUUGGCAAAAUUCCUUUGGAUGAAGUUCUUCCGCAGAGAUAUUAUAUCAGAGAUGGAGUGAAACAAAUUUACAGUCAAAGCACACUUCCAGUAUGUUAUAGUAAAAGCUUUAUGUAUCACAUCAUUAAACCAGAACAGAAUACUGAGGACAAAAAGCUUACAUCUGGGAAACAAAUCUUAUAUAUGAAUAAUUUUAAAAAGCUUCCUGUUUUAUGUCUGAGAAGAAAAAAACAACAACCAGUUUUCUCCAUUUCAUCCACAUUGAGGAAAAAAGAAAAAAAGAAAAAACUAGCGGAACAAAGAAUUCCACUGAGGAAGGGUUUCUUGGACAUGGAGAAACCUAAUAUGGAGGAGCAGGUAGAAACUAAAUUUAGGCUUUCAGUUUGUAAAGCUGCUUUUCAUUCCAUGAAGGAUAAGCUGAUGAUAUUUCAAAAGAAAGAGGAAGAAAUUUGGCAUGCUGUACACCCAUUUCAUUCUCUUGUUCAUCCUGCUCCACAGCUUAAAGCUGUGAAUCACCCAGUAAGUAUAGAGAAGAGGAUUUUUGCUAGAAUGUAUGGAUCUGUAAGACUUGAACCAUUUUAUGUUAUUGAUAAAGCCUACAGGGAGAGUAAGAGAUGUGAGAUCCAAACUAAAAAGAUAUGUGGGGUUAUGCAGAUGCAAAUUGCCAAAGGCGAAGCUGACUACUGUAUUAAGGGUUUUCUUGAGGAGAAAAAGAAUGGUGUUCAGAAAAGAUGCAAAGAAGAAGACAUUAGAAUUCAAGAAGCUUUACAACAACAUCAAUUGAGAAGAUCAGGAUUUAUUGAAAAAGUAAAGCAAAGGCAUGCUCAGUUUUUAGAAACCAAGAACCAAAAAGCAUCAGAGUAUUCAUUAAUUCAAGACUUCAGCAUUCAGCAUGCUUCUUUGACACAGAGUUUGUUUAGACUUGACAGAUUGAGGAAAAGUGAGGAAACCAUAAAGGAAAGAACGAGCAUUGUUAAGGAAAACAAAGAAGAUAUGGAAAAAUGGAAGGAGCUGAUAAAAAAUUUUCAGGGGCAGAGGUAUGUUUCUCUUAAUACUCAGUAG